AAAAUGACAGCGACGGCAGAAGACUUAGUAGCCAGGUGGACUAUACCAUUACAAAAUAAAACCUAUGAGAUCGAAUUCGAACAUGGGACAACGACUGGGAAGCGAAUUGUCAGAGUUGACGGCAAGGCAGAGGUAAUCAGGAGGGAAUGGAUGUUCAAACUUGUUGGCAAAGAGACUUUCUCUAUUGGGAACAUUAAAUGUAGCAUCAAUGCUGAAGCCCAUGGACCAUUCUCUUACCUGUACACCUUAGAAAUUCUUGGAAAAACUUACGAAAAAUUUAUAGAAGAUCAAGGAAGAAAGUUGCAAAUAUGGUACGUAGAUGUGGGAGCGAACCAACAUCGUAUAUGUUUAGAUAAAAAAACGAUGGAUAUAUGGGUAGACGGCAAAAAAGUCAAUACUGCGGGCGAAUUUGUUGAUGAUGGUACCGAAACACAUUUUGAGAUUGAUGACGUAGGGUGCUGCGUGAAAACGACAAGCAGUGGUAAGCGUACGACCGGCGUAAUUCAUCGCCUUUUCUUGGAAGAUAAUGAGAUACCACCGUUUUCUGAAGGAACGUGA